AUGUCGAAGCUGUUCAGUCAUUCCGCGCAAGAGGCAUUCCAGAAGCUCCCUCUCAAGCUGCGCAACUUCUUCACACGCUACCCGCCAGCCCCAUUCAGAGAGUAUGCCUCUGAACAAACGGUGGCCAACGCACCAAACGCAAACCCGUUCAUUGCCAAUAGACAUCCAGUCACCGGAAAGGUGCAGAAUCCAAUCUACUCUCUUCGCAGACAAUCUGAUCUAUACAAGCUGGCCUUUAAAUUUGGCGUGGCUGAUUUGAUGCCAUCGUUACAACACAACAAGAAGUUCUACGCCGAGAAGUUUGAUACUAAACCACUUCUAAAGGGUGUGUUAAGCCCUAAGGGACAUAAAUGGGAAAGAACGUUUGUGGAAAGAAAGCAGAAGAUUGCUGACGCGGUCGCUAAGGUCGACGAGGUUAUUGCAGAGGAGAAAGGAGCAAACUACAGAAAACGUCCCGAGAAGAGACAAAAACAAACCAGCACCUGGGUGUAA